AUGACCGGCGUUCAAGACAACGACGAGCUACUGCUGGCUCGCAUUGGCUAUCGACAGGAAUUACAACGCGAGUUCUCGAAGUGGUCGACCAUCUCCUACGCUAUCUCCAUCUUGGGAAUCCUCGGUUCGGUGCCCGCGACCUUCGGUGCUCCAUUGGCCGCAGGGGGUCCGGCCACAGUGGUAUGGUGCUGGUUUGUGGGCUCCUGUAUGGCUCUAUGCAUCGGCAGCUCGGUAGCGGAGCUUGUGUCAGCAUACCCCACAGCUGGAGGCAUGUACUUCGUCACCAAGCAUGUCGUGCCAGAGGAAUAUGUGCCCAUCUUCUCCUGGAUUCAAGGUUGGUGUAACCUCCUGGGACAAACAGCAGGGGUUGCUAGUGUGGUCUACACCGUCAGUCAGAUGCUGCUCGCUGGUGCUAGUAUGAACUCGGCAUUGGUCGAUGGGAAAUACUCUUACUCCCCAUCUGCAUCCGAUACCGUUCUUUUGGCUGUGGCCCUCCUAUGCAUCCUAGGUGUGGUCUGCUCUAUGACCACCAGAUCAUUGCACCGCAUCAUCGCCUGGUUUGCCCCAAUCAAUAUCACCGCCACUGUCUGCAUCUGCUUCACGCUACUAUGGUACACGCCCAACAAACAGCCCGCCGUCUGGGUGUUUACCCACUUCACAGAUGGCUCCGGCUGGGGCUCUAAGGUGUUCUCCUUCCUGCUGGGCUUCAUCUCCGUGGCUUGGGUUUUAACAGACUACGACGGCACGACUCACAUGUCUGAGGAGACCCGUGAUGCGGCCGCCCUCGGGCCGGUCGCCAUCCAAACCGCCGUGCUCGUCUCUGGCACUCUCGGUUGGCUACUGACGAUAUGCCUCUGCUUCUGCCUCACGGACUACGAAGGCAUCCUCAACACCCCCACCGGUCUUCCCGCGGCGCAGAUCUUCUUGAAUGCCGGCGGCCCUGUCGGCGGCUCCAUCAUGUGGGGGUUUGCGAUUCUUGUGCAGCUGUUCACCGGCUGCUCCGCCAUGUUGGCCGAUACGCGAAUGGCCUAUGCAUUUGCCCGUGACGAAGCCCUGCCAUUAUCCUCGUUCCUCUCUCGCGUCAAUCCCCGAACACAGACCCCUCUCAACGCCGUUUGGUUCGUUGUCCUCUUCAGCAUCAGCCUGACCUGCAUCGCCAUCGGGUCGACGCAAACUGCCACCGCCAUCUUCAGCAUCACCGCCCCGGCCCUCGACCUCUCCUAUGUCUCCGUGAUUCUCGCCCACCAAAUCUACCGCCACCGGGUCAAAUUCGUGCAGGGGCCCUUCACUCUCGGCCAAUGGGGCCCCUACAUCAACUGGAUCUCGAUCGUCUGGGUGACGUUCAUCAGUACGGUGCUAUUCUUCCCACCCCAUGUACCGGUGACAGUCGCGAAUAUGUAA